UCCCUUCCCUUGCUAAUGUUUUGAGAUGGCUCUUCUGAGCUUCAACUCCAUUUGUUGCCUGUCGACUUCGCCGGAUCUUCAAAAAUGGAAUAAUAUUAUAAAGGCUCAAGUGCUCGAGGGGAACGCCGGGCAGGCAAUUCGGUCGUAUGUAAAAAUGCAAAGACUUGGUCUCUUUGCUGAUAACUAUACAUUUCCGGUUUUGCUGAAAGCAGCAGGUAAUGCUUCCUAUUUGGGUAUAGGGUUAGCACUUCACGGACAGAUACUGAAAACUGGGUUUUGUGACCAUCUUUUCGUCCAAACUGCCCUGCUGAAAAUGUAUUCUUCUCUUGGAAUCGUAGCGGCUGCCCGCAAAGCGUUUGAUAAAAUGCCUGUGAAAGAUGUGGUAGCCUGGAACUCCAUGUUAUAUGCGUAUGCUUCUAGUGGGCAGACGGGGAAUGCAGUGCAAGUCUUUGAUACAAUGCCAUCACAGGACCUUUUGUCUUUCAAUAUUAUGAUCUCUGGGUUCGCAGGGACCGGAAGCAACAUAUCUGCCAGAAGCAUUUUUGAUAGAAUUCCUGACAAGGACAUUGUGUCUUGGAACUCAAUGAUAUUGGCGUGCAUGAACGCUGGAGAUGUGGCUGAAGCGCGUGAGUUGUUCGAAUCGAUGCCUGAGAAAAAUGUCAUAACUUGGAACACAAUGAUAAUGGGUUAUCUGAACAAUCAGGUUUACUCUAAGGCAAUCGAAUUCUUGGACAAAAUGAAGAUGGGAAAUAUCGAACCGGAUCAUCUGAGUGUGACUGCUGCUUUAUCUGCCUGUGCUCAUUUGGGGUCGCUUGAAACUGGCAUAAAAAUACAUACAUAUGCCAAACUCUCCGGGCAGGCUUCAAGUCCCCAUGUAGCAACAGCACUCAUAGAUAUGUAUGCCAAGUGCGGAAGCAUACACAACUCUUUAGAGGUGUUCUACAAGUUCAAACAAAAAGAUGUCUACUGUUGGAAUGCCAUAAUUUCAGGACUUGCUCUUCACGGUUUUGGCCACGCAGCUCUGAAAAUCUUCAACCAAAUGAGAGCCGAUUGUCGAGUAAAACCAGAUGAUAUCACCUUCAUUGGGGUUUUAAGUGCUUGCAGCCAUGGAGGGUUGGUAGAACAAGGAUGUGAAUUGUUUGAUUCAAUGGAAAAGCAAUUCGGGAUUACUCCAAAGGCAGAGCAUUAUGGGUGCAUGGUCGACCUUCUGAGCAGAGCGGGUCUUUUCGACAGUGCUUUGACACUCAUAGAGACAAUGCCUUUUGAAGCAAGCGAGUCCAUCUUGGGUGCUUUGCUGAGUGCUUGUGUGAUUCAUCAGGACCUUGAAAAUGGGGAGAAAGCAAUGAAGCUAAUCGUUUCGACCAAGGCUGCUCGGAGCGAUGGGGAGUACAUGAUGUUUGCAAACUUGUACGCGUCAUGCGGUGAAUGGGAAGAAGCACAGAGAUGGAGAGAUAUGAUGAAUGAGUCCGGGAUUGAAAAGACUGCAGGUUGCAGCUUAGUUGAGAUUAAUGGAAGGUUUCACAAGUUUAUGGCUGGAGAUGAGAAUGGUAUUGUAUAUUGACGCACUUGCUUAGCAGUUAGUAGUAGUACAUGACAAAUUGACAGGCUCUCCCAAACAAACUUUGACCUUUCAUGGACACUGGUUAAUUUGAGUUCAACUGCUAGCUCCAUUCGAUAGGAAGUCUUUGUUGUUGAAGUGUUGGUAGAAAUGUGGAAACAACCAUAGACUGCACCGCACACAAGCAUGUUAGCCUGCAGUGAGUUGUUUGUUUUAUUCAUAUACUAGAGAGAUUGAAGCAGAAAUAGAAUGGACAGAAUAUGGCAAUAUUUGACCCCUUAAACAGGCGGCGGAACAAGGAAUCACGUAACCAACUGUUAGGACCAGACAAAUAUCUAUUUAUUUAUUCAGUGGGUUAGGGAAGCUCAAUCAGCCCACAGAUUUGACACCAACUUAUUCUACACACCAUAUCCUUAUUUAUCAUUUUCUUUUCCCGGGCCAAAUAUUCUGAAUUUGUUUAGUGGAGUAGAUCGAUUUGGUUCAUGAACAGCUGUACGUAUUGGGAUGUUUGAUAUUGUUUCUUUUAGACCAAUUAGUACUCAUCCACAUGAAUUGAGUAAUGGACAUGUUAUCGUAUCAGCCGGAGGAUUUGAUUAUGAUCCAAUAUCAUCAAGUUUGUGUUGAAAAUAAGCAUUAGCCUCUAGUCGGCCACCAGUUGCUGAGAAAAACAGUUGUUAUUUGAGCUCGAUGGGUUGACAACUUUGACAUUGAUAUGAUACCAACCAAACUCCCAUCUCUUAUAUCACCUAAAACAGACGAUGCCUGAAACUGCAGGAGAUCCAUCUUGUUAUGUAAUUUGGUAAAUGAAAUGAAAUUGAAGUUCUUUCCAAUUGUGGGUGAUCAUCAUCAGUUUCACAUGCAUGCCUGCAAGUGGAAACAAGCACGAGUCAUUAGUUUCUUUGUUGCAUAUUCCCGCGGGUAUGUAUUUGAAUAUU